AUGGCAUAAACUUAACCUUUUAUACCUCUUACUGUUGAUGAUAAUAAACAAUAUGAUAUCAAAAAUAUACUCUAAAAAUUAAUCAAAUAACUAACACCUGAGGAAUAUCAUUUUUUUAGUUUCUUAAUUGCUACCAAUCAUAUAAUGGAACAAUUAACAAAUUGUUAAAAUAAGUUAAAUAAUGAUUCAACUUUCUGUUUAUGGAAAUUAUUUGAAUUCUUUGAUGUAAAUGGAGAUAGAAAAUUAUAAUUAGAAGAUUUUAUUAUCACUUUACAAAAAUUAGAUAUCAUUCUUAAAAGAGAUGAAAUAGAAUCUCUAUUCUCCACUUUAGGUGGCGAAGAUGAUAAUAUCAUUUCAUAUGCAGAAUUUGCUAGUUUAUUCAAAUUUACUACAACACCAUAAUGGAGAUAAUCUAAAAUAUAAUCAGAAGGAGUAUUGAAUUAAGAUCAAUAAAAAUUAAUUCAUUAAAUUUUUAGUUUUUACGCAAAAAUUGAAAGGAGUAUAUUAUACUUAAGAACACAAAUAGGAAAUGAUAUUCAAUAUCUUUAAGAUUUUUUCAAAAAAUUGGAUUAGAAAUAAAAAGGCUAUUUAAUAUUCAAUGACUUUGUAACUUAUAUCAAAUCUAAAGGAGUUCAAGUUAAAGGUAAUGAUUAUUAUAGAGUAUUUUUUAUGCUUUAGUAAUAUAAAUCAAGUAGAAUUAGUUUCAAUGAAUUUUUAAAAAAGUUUUCAACAAAAGAAGCAUAUCAAAACUAUAUGUAAUAAUUAGAUUUACUGAUUCAUCCACCAUAGUAAGCUGCAAGAGAAUCAAUUGAAGAACAGCCUAUUCUUCAAAACAAAAUUGACAGUAUGAAUAAUUUAGAUAACAAAUAAAUUUAAUAGAAUGAAAUAUCAUCGAAAAUAUCAUAAUAAUCCAGAUUUUCUUAAGAUCCUGAUGAUUCAAUCAGAUUACCCGGUUAUACUAGAUAUAUUUUUGGCAAUAAUUGA